AUGCUUGCGAUGGGCCAAAAUCCUGAAAAUACUGAAUUCUGGCUCAAUAAUAGACGGAGAAAUUUUGAUCGGACGAAGAUUGCAAGCAACACCAACAGAAUGAUCAGAAAUCCUUCCUCUGAUCGAGUAUCCAGAAAAAGGAUGCGCACUACCCGGUCUUCCGCAGAUGAUCACGAAAUAAUCCGGCGAAGCCAUAAAAGUCAAGGAAUAACAGGCUUUGCAGAUACCAUUAAGAGAGCGAUGGAUCCCCGAGAACAGCCACAAGCCGGUAAGUUACCAAUAUCAUCUUGCAAGAUAUAUGAUUGCAAUCAUUCUAAGCUUUUGGGCACAUUGCUUAGACAUAAAAGGAGAGGUAUGCGGCGAAGCUUUUGGAACCCCUUCGACGAGACCAGAGCCCUUGGCGGAAUACGUCAACGGAUAUCAAUCAACAUCCUCUUCAUCGACACCCUCCGACUCGCAGCCCCAAACGUCAGACGACGAAAUGACAACCCCCGCCUCACUAGAAUUUAGAGCCCCCGGUGAUAUAGCUGAAGAACCCAUUUCCAAAGACGCAUUCUCGUGGUACGUUACAGAUUUCAACAAGGACGACUGGGAGGACAUCCCCAAUGGCAUGACCCUUGGAGGUCGCGCGAGCUGUUGUGGUAUUCUAGCCUUGAGUCGUGCCUUCAAAGAACAAUACCCCAACGAGCCAUAUGGAUACCAAGAUCCAGAGGAACUGUUGAAUAUUUAUGACCAGGUCACUCCAAAUUACCGGGAAAAUGUAAAUGCAUCGGACCAAGAGAUGCAGGCUUUAGUAGAUAGUUUGACGGGAGGAAGUUUUGCAUUGGUGGUUGCCCAGUUUCAGAGCAGUGAUUUUACAGAGAGGGCGAGGAGGAUUGGUAGUGACGAGGAGCAGGAGAAGUGUAGGAAAAAUCUGUAUUUGAGACAUAUACCUGGCCAUUGGGAGCCGAUGAGGAGGAUUCGAUAG